UUUUCAAUCUUUCCAUUCCCAUCAAGGCCAUCAUUGCAUUUAUCAAACCAGCGUUCGCAUAGACCUAAUUGCAGAUCUUUAUUUUAACUCUCAAGAUGCCGGCCACAGCGGGUAGGGUUCGUAUGCCAGCCAACAAUCGGGUACACAGUAGUGCUGCCUUGCAGACCCAUGAUAUUUGGAAAACUGCAAUUCGAUAUGACCCUUAUGCUCCAAACAAAGAAGAUAACAAGAAUUCUGCACAGCCUCUGUCUUCCAAUGCAGAACCUGAGAGAGAAAAUGCUUAUGCUAGUUACCAGGAGUUGCUUGCACUUGCUCGUAUCACUGGGAACAAUGCUGACGAGGCUCGUGGGUCCUGCAAGAAAUGUGGCCGUGUGGGUCAUCUGACGUUCCAAUGUAGAAACUUUUUGAGCAUUAAGGAAGAUAAAGAUAAGGAUCCGGAAGCUAUUCAGGCCGCUGUUAAUGCAGGUUUAGAGAAGCUAAAAAGGAAUGGAAAGAGAACCAAUGAGAGUUCAGAUGAGAGUGACGAAGAGGAGAGCGAGAGUUCAGACUCUGGUUAUGAUUCAGAGAUCGAGCGGGUCAUUGCACUGAAAUAUGGGAAGAGGUUGAGUAGUAAAUCAAAGUCUUCACGGAAGAAGAAAGAUGAAGAUUCUGAUGAAGAUGAGUCGGAUUAUGAGAAGAGAAAAAGAGGUAGGUCAAAGAAGAGAAGUGCCAAGAGGAGUACAACUGAUAGUGACGACGAAAAAGAUGGUAGGAGGAGGAGGAAAGAAAAAAGGAGGAGAAAGGAUGAUGAGUCAUCCGAUGAGGACAGGGAGCGCAGAUCACAUCGCAGGAAGAGUAGGAAGGAUAAGAGGAGGAGGAGGAGUCAUAGAGAUUCAGAUGAUUCAUAUAGCUCUGAAGACUCGGUGAGAAGGCAUAAGAGGAAGAGUAAGAGCAAGAGAAGGUCUGAUUCUGAUUCAGAUGCUAGUGAGGAUUCGUGGGUUGGCAGGGACAAAAGAAGAUCUGAGAGGAGGACCAGGAAAUAGUCAUUAUUACUGAAAGGAGUACUCUUGUUUUAAAAGGCACUGCAAACAGGGUUCUGGGUGUAGCGUCACUUAUGUGAAUUCUCAUGCUGAUCUGAAAAACAAAUGCUGGGUGUAGUGUUGUUGAUGUGAAUUGUCAUGCCGAUAUGUCUGGUGAAAGGAUUAGUAUUUAUAUAAACCUAUUACUAAUCAACUGUUAUGUACUUGUGUAAGUUACAUUUUUCUAGUAAUUCAAAUUGUACGUUGUUAUGUA